GGAUGUUUGCUCGUGGGUCUUCCCGACGGGCACACGCACCAGGUUAACGCGCGGCCACCGCAGACCUUGCGGCUCCGCACGCGGCACAGCGGCGCGCCCGGACGGCUGUCCCCCGCCGGCGGGGGGGCGUCGGUCCCCAUCGCCAGGCCCACCCCUGCGCCCCCCCGGCUCCGCCGCUCGGCGGCAGCUCCGGCCCCUCCUCAUCCCGCCCCGGGCCGGCCAGUCGGGCAGCGGCUGCAGCGCCGGCCGCCGCGCCCCGCCAUGGGCUGCUCCAGCAGCGCCCGCAGCCGCGCCCCGGAGCCGCCCCCCGGAGCCGCCGCGGCCGCCGGGCCGCCGCCGCGGGGAUCAUCAGGUGAAAACACCCCGACUGCAGACGAUCAUGAAACCAUAGCUGACCAAACACAGUUGGACCCAGUGGAGCAUGUGAGUCUUGCCUCUGAAGAGACAAACCCAGGCGAGCAUCUGCCGGGAGAGGAGGCUGGAUCUGUGAUUCUGGCCGUAGAGGGGAAGAUUGAUUCAGUCAGUAAAAGGGAGGAGCCGGAGGGCACUGAGCCCCUGCCUGCAGAAGCGGAGGAGAGCUCUGAGCUGCCAUCUGCGUGGCAAGAGGAGAGCGAUGGUUCUUCACCUCCAGCACCAAGAGAAGACACUGGGGCACCAGCACCGGCAGAGGCCAGUGGGCUGGCAGAGGGCAGUGACAGCUCCAUAGGGGAAAUCAUCGAGAAAGUACAUAUUACUGAAGAGGACCACCUCGCUGAGGGUGAGACGGGAGAACAGGUGGAAACUGAGCUGCUCACUGAGAUAGUAAGUGGAGGGCCUGAAACAAAAGAAGAAACAGGAGCAGCUGUGAAUAGCACAGAAUCGACAGAGAUAGAGACAGCUAAUAACAAGGAAUAGAAGUUGUAUCUCUACGAACACCCUCUUCGCGGGCCUUCUCUUCUGUCCACAUGAAUAUUUUUAAAUUUUAUUGGACUGGGAAAAUAGAAACGCUUUUAUGGAUUGAGCCACAAGCUACAGACAUGAAUGGGAGGCACCAGGAAAAGUUUUAUACAUAUUUUUUGGAGUCAAGCUGCCAAGGCUUCAAGUGUUUGAAAUACAUGAACUUUCACCUCCCUGCCAGAGUGCCUUCUGUACACGGCUAGCACAGUGGGAUAGCUUUCCAGUGGCUGUAUAACCAUUCAGUUUUCAAUUAGGACUUUUCCCAGGUUCAGAUAACUAACUCAAACCUUUGAAAUCUCCAACCAGCAUUACACAGGAUAAAAAUACAGUGUAGCUUUUUUCUUUUCUUUCUUUUUCUUUUUUUUUAAUGGUAGUAUGCAGGUAAUUUCUCUGAGUGCCUGGACCACCAGUGUAUGGACCUAUUGAAGUGUAUAGCACGUAGAGGACUGGAAGAUGGAAGUGCCCAUUUACCGAGCUGUAACUAACUGCAGAGGUUAGUUUUCCAGAAAAUGUAAGAUAUACAGGGUACAGUGUCCAGGACCCAAGUGGGUGUCUGCUGCUCACUCUCCAUUUUUAAACAUAAAUGUAUUUAAAGGCUAGAAGUUCAAUAUAUAUGAUGACUUCUGCAAAAACAGGGAGAAGAGGGCAUUUUAAAAUGUAAGUAGGAUGUUUUAGUCUUAUAAAUUCUAGCACACAAAAUAUAAAGAGAACUUCACAGCUGUUAACAACGACAGUGAUUAAUAACCUGUCUUUAGCUGUGCAGCUUCUCAUACGCAUUUGUGUCUUCUAAACUAGAUCUCUAACCAGAGACACAUAUAAGCCUGUUCCCAAAGGAGAGGUCAUCUAUUAUAUUUCCCUGGAGUGCUGUCCUCCAGGAGAAGUAUGCUGUCAGGGACUGUCUGGGUUAUUUUCCAAAAUGCUGAAUAAUCAUUUUGGAGGUGAAGCGGAAUGGGAAAGCUUUCCAACACUUCCUGUGAGAACGGGCCCUGAAUAUAAUUGGUGUGAUGAUCAGACAGAGAGUAGAAAUUUGUUCUGAUGGUAAAUGUUGCAAAGGGACUGUAUAUUAUAUAUUACUGGGGACCGUGUUUACAGGAUUCUCUGGCAUAAGGAAGUAGAACAUGGAGAAAAGGUCAGUUAUCUAAAAAGGGCAAGCAUGUGUUGCUGUUUUAUUAGCUUUAUUGUACAAAAGGACUCAAUUUUUACUGUCAUUAGCAAAUCAUACCAAUCCCCUCUAAGAGCUAGAUUUUGUGCCGCAUGUGCACAUCUGACUCCAGCUGAAUUUUGUUUGUAUUAAAUAAUCUAGUUGAUAUCCUUGGCCUAUCAGCCUUUUGUAUAAGCUGAUAUUCCUUGGCUGUAUUGCUAAACUGAAGGUUUUCUGCUUUUACAAACUUGUCAGCUUCAUUUCACAUCAAUUUUUUUAGACAACACCAUAAACUUUUAGAACCAAAAUGCAUACUUACUUCUUUUUUUUUUUUUUAGGGAUUUUUUGCUAGGUGGAUAUUGCAGAGUUUGGAUGUUGCGGAGUUUUUUAUUUAUUUUAACUUCUCUGUUGUAGAAGGCUAGUAAAAACAAGCAGCUAGUUCUAUGAAAAAGCUAUUGACAUGAAAGUGGGAAUUAAAAAUUCAAACAGAAGUAGUCAAACUUUUUGUCCACCUACCUAAACUGUUGCAUGACAAAAAGCCAUGAGAGACAUACCAUGCACUUUGGAGAGCUGAGGAGUGGGGGAAUGGUUACUGAGCAGGAUGAGGACUCCCUGGGGUGAUACAGGACUGGGCUGGGCAUACAUCCAUGGCCCAGGACACACCAAGAACUUCCACCUUCAGCUGCAUGUCAUGGCUGGUUUCCUCCUGCGAGCUGGGAAUUUGGUUCUGUCACCAGCACCUGUGCCAGCACAGCCCUGCUCCCAAACACAGGAGAUUAAAUCAGCGGGAGAGCCAUGCUGACUACUUGCAAGUUGUGUGUUAGAUCGUGAGUUGAAGUUUGACUAGUUAUAUUAAAUGUUUUAAAAGCAUAAAUAAACCAAGAGGAGUUUUGUGACAGAGGUCAGUAGCAUUAGCAGCAACAGAGGAGGCUGCAUUUGGAAAUAAAAUAUGAAGAUACAAGGGAAUCAAGAUAACCUGCUCACCUCAGUCACUCUUUUUACCGCUGUUUUUACAAGACAGAUGACAAUAUACGUUCUUACCUCACCAUUCAACUUUUUCAGGUCAUUAAGCAAUGCUAAUGGUAACAAGAGCAAUCUCAGCUAGUCAACGACUCAACAGUAUCAGCUCUUCUCAGUUACCAUCAGUCCUUACAUAUUCUGUAAUUACAACAACAGAUGAAAGGUAUUUUUCCUUUUCUUUCUAAAAGAUGAAAUAUGCUUGACGAGGAGUUAAACAUGGAAUGUUAAAACCUAAGAUCAAAACAUGGCUGCUAGAUGUACACUGAACUUCCUUACCUUCAGGAGCACACUGGGGUCUGGUGUGCAUGGUCUGUAAGCUACCAAAGCAUGCACUAUGCACAAAGAGCCAAAAUACAUGCAGUUAUUUGCCUCUGCAAACCCCAGACAUCACAGAGGUUGCCAAAGGCAGAAAUUGGUCUGUGGAUCAAAAAUGUUUCUCACAAUAGAAGCUGAGAGGAGGAUAUGCUCCAAUGUCUGUGUUUACAAGAUAUGCCUCCAGAGAUAUGGCAAUAUACCUUAGCUUUUUUUUUUUUCAACCCAUAAUCAAAAUACAAAACAAUCUCCAAAAAUGUUUAUCAAAAGCUAGACAAUCUUCAGCCCUUAACUUCAUCCAAGGUAGAAGUAAUCAUUUCAUGCCGCAGGGAGCGCUGGGCAGGCCACUUGAAGGAACAAACUUAAUUUCCAAGCUAACAAGAAAGUUCUGGUUGGAAUUUUGCUUCAAUUACCAAGAAACAGCCCUAGAAAAGGCUAAAUUUGCACCCUGUCAGCUCUGUGCAGACACACAUGCACACUGUGCUAGGAUCCCAGAAGAUAAUCAGCAAUCCAGCUGGCUAGUGUUGGCUCUUUCACUCAAUAAGAAACUGCUUUCAGGUAAAAGCUGCAGCAGGAGCAAGGUGCUUGUAGCAGGAGAUUAGGACAGUUUGAGUUUGGUUAUGUUCUUUAACAGAGGACAAAGUUUCAUUAAAACUAGGUACUGAACUUCAUUUUUGCACUGCUUAAUGUGUAGAUAAUGUAAUCAUUUGAAGAAGAAAGAAAACUACUAAAAGAAACACCUGGUAGAACAUGCAAAUUUAAGUAUUUCUUGACUUUCAUAGAAAUAGAGGGCCUGUUUUGUUGUUGUGGGGUUGGUUUUUUUUUUAUAUUACAUGUGAUUGAAACAAAUUUUAAAUGGUGCGACUGGGAUGCCACAAGCUGAAUUACAACUUCAUAUUUUGCAUGCUAGAAGCUCAGUCUAGCAGAUGAAUAAAAGUGAAGUUUAACUUACCUCUAGUUAAACCAGGACUUACUGUUUGUAUACUUGCUGAACUAAAACCUAAGAGAUAGCCAUGAGACUUGCUUUUUAUAUUGGAGAAUUAAAGGGCUUAGCCUUAUUGUUUUAAAGAACAGAAUCAAGUAAUAUAACUCUGCUUAAAAAAUAAAAGUUUUAAACAUCUUUAUGGAAGACUGAUUGUUUAUAUUGAGAACUGAUAUGUUUAAAGCUGUAAACAAGAGAGUUUAUUUCAGUUAUUCUAGUAUUUUUGACGCUUGUGUCUGGACAAUACAAUUUUGAGACUGUAUCUGGACAAUACAUAUUUAGACCUGAGCCAUUCAAGAAACUGUGAAGCUGGUCUCCAGCUAAAAGCUAAAGAAUCAUAGAGCUAAAAGUGGAUUUUAAUUCCUGACUUUUUGCAGAAUGGCGCCUACUUACUGAUAGAAACAAUUUAAAUGGUAGUAAUGUAUUUCAUCUUGUUAGCUGCAUCCAGCAUGCUUUUUUUUCUCCCCCAGGUGUUUCACUUAUCUUUCAGUCUCAGACUGUACCUUACUGCGGAUGGCAACGGUGUAUUCACACCCCUUUUUAGCAGUAAAGUCACCCGAGGGAGCUCUAUAAAAAAGUUGUAUCAGCAAACGGACAAGUCAGCGCACACACAGAAAAAAAAUACCAAACCCGCCAUCUAGUGUUAGGCGCAAAGUUGGCAAAGAGGCCGCACAGCACAAGUAAGGCAGGGGGAAAUAAUGCGGCGGUAGGAAGGGGUAUAGUCACAGCGAAUAUACAAGGCUGAGCUUAGCUCAUGUUCAACCCUAUUGACAUCUGCUGAGGGUGAACUUUAACUAAGUCUGCUACAAAUAAGUGAAAUAUAUUCCAACAAAGUAAUUAUACGUGAACAAAGCUGUAACUGAGAAACACGAAGAAACUAGGAACCUUCAAAUGUAACUCCAUUUAAUUACAUUAUUCUUAAUUAGUUGUAACUGACAAAGUGAAGCAACAUUUGAUCUGUGUUUCCUAGAAAGUUAUAUUCAUGUUAGUACUAGCUCCUUCCUAACAAGUCUGAUUAUGCUUUCUCUUCAGUGGGAUCGCUUCUUGAGUCAGAGCUGUAGAGAAUAAAAGACAUGAAUAUUAUAGCCAAAGAGAGAGAACAAAAGCAGAAGCCAAAACUAACAAAGUUUAUGUAUAAGAAGUUUCUAUGCAGGAAAGUCAGGUGCUUUUCAAAGGCUGUUGCUUGGAAGUUCAGUCUGAAAUACCAAAAGAAUUAUCAUGCUUCUAAUAAAAAUAUCAUCUCCAUUUUGUCAACAGAAAGCAAGAUAGUGCUGUAAAAAAAUCCAUACAUCUCUACAUACUUGCUGUGACAACUUCAUUAUGAAUCUUCUCUUCUGUAAAGAUAUAAUUUACAAGCUUAGUAAAAAGCAGGAGAAAUGGCCACUUCACAUCACAUCUAGAAGGGGUAAAAUCGGGCUGACUGUUCUCACAGCUUUCCAACUGCCCUUCUGGCGUAUGCUGAAGUGAUACCAGGAAUGCAUGAAAAAUACAAAAUAUAGUUACUGCAAUAGUGCAACUGAAAAGUAAUGAGAGCUGGAAAGCAUAGCUGACAAGCAGGAAGGUAAGAAACCACAAGUGGGACACUUAGAGUUUAUCUAAGGAUGGAGAUGAUUCACACCACGUGGCUGUGGUAUUGAACGCAGGGGGAUUUUCAGACAAGGCAGUAUCUGCACAUGCCAUGCAAAGGUGGGCAGCAACAGUGUUGCCAGAUUGGGUUUGUCUUGCAUGCUUACCAUAUGAAAAUCAUUAACUGAUUAGGAGUAUGAGACAUGAGCAUCAGUAGGCAUUAUACACAGAAGAAAAAUGAUACCCACAGGACAACUUCAGUUUGGAUUUCAGUUGUUAGACAGCUGAACCCACAGUACUGUGAAUUGACCUGCGGCAAACCAGCGCUAUGCCCUCUUCUUGCUAUACUGCUGCUUUUGUGGCUUACCAAAAUUGAGUGGGUUUGGUCACACAGGAUGGGAUUAGAAAUAGCUGCUGAAGCACCUCAGUCAUGGCACCCUGGCAUACAAACAGCAGCAGCCAGCCUCUGGGAUGAGCAGCCUACAGGAUUCCGUCUCACGGUACCUUUGAUAAACGUUUCUGCCACUGAAACAGUACAUUCUUCAAGCUGCUGCAUUUAGCUGUUUUUACUCCCUACACAAAGAAAGUGAAGAUACAGUGACAAUAGCAUCCCAUAUUUAACUGGAUGGCCAUCUUCACAGAACAGAGCAAGACGCUGAGGUGAACAGACUACAACAGAGAAGAAUUUCUGCUCCUUUCCCCCGAAUAAACUAAUAGUGUGCUUAAUCAUAUGGCUGUGGAGAAGACAGGAAAUCAACUCCAACAUGAGAUAGCAGACUUUCAAACCAGAUCCUUAAAACCACGAUAUCCAUUUCAACUUGGUUAGAAGAUAAAUGCAGAGGGAUGGAAUAAUUUACUAGCAUCACCAGUCUGUCUGACUUCUCAAUAUUGCUUAAUCACCCCAUCAAGCGGAUGCUUCUGUCCUUAAUAGUAGAGAGAAAAAUGUCAAGAACUAUAAUGUCAUGGUAGCUGAAAGCUUCCUAUCUUGGAAGAUUAUUUUUAUCCUUAGCUAUUAGGAGAUAGAUAAUAAACCUAUUCUUAUGGUUUGAA